AUGGAGGUGCCCAGCCCACCCCGGGAGGGGAGGCUGCAGCCCACGCUGGUGCUGGCCACCCUGAGCGCGGGCUUCGGCUCGGCCUUCCAGUACGGCUACAACAUCGCCGUGGUCAACACGCCGCACAAGGUCUUGAAGUCAUUUUAUAACGACACCUACUAUGCGCGACACGGGACGUCCAUGGACGAGAAGCACAUGCUGCUCCUGUGGUCCUGCACCGUGUCCAUGUUCCCCCUGGGCGGCCUGCUGGGCUCGCUGAUGGUCGGCGGGCUGGUGGACAAGUGCGGCCGAAAGGGAACCCUGCUGAUCAAUAACAUCUUCGCCAUCGUCCCUGCCAUCCUGAUGGGAGUCAGCAAAGUGGCCAAGGCUUUUGAGCUGAUCAUCCUUUCCCGAGUGCUGCUGGGAGUCUGCGCAGGCAUCUCCUACAGUGCCCUCCCCAUGUACCUCGGAGAGCUGGCUCCCAAGAACCUCAGGGGCACUCUGGGAACAAUGACCGAGGUUUUUGUCAUCGUGGGAGUCUUCCUAGCGCAGAUCUUCAGCCUGCAGGCCGUCCUGGGCAAUCCUACAGGCUGGCCCGUGCUCUUGGCACUCACGGGGGUCCCGGCGCUGCUGCAGCUCCUGUCUCUGCCCUUCUUCCCCGAGAGCCCGCGCUACACCCUCAUCCAGAGAGGAGACAAGGACACGGCUCGACAAGCUCUGAGGAAGCUGAGGGGCUGGGCCGAUGUGGAGGACGAGAUCGAAGAGAUGCGCGUGGAGGACCAGGCCGAGAGGGCCGAGGGCCGCCUGUCCGUGCUCAACCUGUUCACCUUCCGGCCCCUGCGGUGGCAGCUCAUCUCCAUCAUCGUGCUCAUGGCCGGCCAGCAGCUUUCCGGGAUCAACGCGAUCAACUACUACGCAGACAUGAUCUACGCAUCCGCCGGCAUAUCGGCCGCUCACUCGCAGUAUGUAACCGUGGGCGCCGGCGUGGUCAACAUAGUCAUGACCGGCGUUUCGGCCGGCACCGUGGAGUGGCUGGGCAGACGGCUCCUCCUGCUGGUCGGCUAUGGCAUCUGCGGCUCGGCCUGCCUGGUGCUGACGCUGGCGCUCCUCUUCCAGAGCACAGUCCAUGGGCUGUCCUACCUCGGCGUCAUCUGCGUCUUCUCCUACAUCGCGGGACAUUCCAUUGGGCCCAGUCCCGUCCCCUCUGUGGUGAGGACCGAGAUCUUCCUGCAGUCCUCCCGGCCGGCCGCCUUCAUGGUGGACGGGGCUGUGCACUGGCUCACCAACUUCAUCGUGGGCUUCAUGUUCCCGUCCGUCCAGGAGGCCAUCGGGGCCUACAGUUUCAUCAUCUUUGCCGGAAUCUGCCUCCUCACUGCUGUUUACAUCUACGUGGUGAUUCCUGAGACCAAGGGCCAGACAUUUGUGGAGAUAAACCGAAUUUUUGCCAAGAGAAACGGAGUGGAGAUUCCAGAGCUGCGAGAAGAAACCACGGGUGUUGAGCCUCACGUGUCUCCGCCCACGCAGGAAACUUUCUUCUGAUGGCUCUGCAGGUGCCACGUCACAGUCGGAGGCCAGUCUCCGAGAAAGGGGCUCCCCCAGGCCUCACGAGAGGGUCACAGCUCUGAGCUUUCUGCGCCCCCAGUGGCAACUGGAAGGCUUUGGAAAGAUCAGUCCCUGGCUUGGUGGAAGACGUGGUUAGCUUCCAGCCGUAAUUACCGGGUGGUGUGACUCCGGAGAAUGGGCAGGCCCUCAGCAUUGAUUGGCAGGACUCAGUGCUCUGACUAUGGAUGUAGGGGUCAGAGACUCAUGGAAUGCUGCAUGGAUGUACUUUUAUAAAGUAAAAUGUUUCAAGUUCAGCUAUUCAUAGGGAGGGCUGAAUUCCAAUCAAUGUAUUGGCUAGAGAAUGAAAGGAACUAGAGGCCAAGGCUCUGGAUUCCACUGCCUUCCGGGCAGCUUCCAUUCACGCUCCGUGCCGUGGCUUGCCACGUAUUCUGGUCAGCGUCACAGCCUGCCGGGGCAGCUGGGCAAGAGAGGUAACAGGUGUUCUUGGGCCUGUUUAGAGAAACCCCCUCUCUGGGUGGGUCAGUUGACCUCUGCCUUGGAAACAGGAGAGCACUGUAUCGAAAGAUACAAAGUACCAAAGCUCACUCAGUAGGAAAUAGGCAGCCUGUGUAGUCCUACAUCCACUAAAGAAAUGGAAUCUGUGGCUAAAAACCUUCCCACAAAGAAAACCCCGGGCCCAAAUGGGUUCACUGGUGAAUUCUACCAAACAUUUAAGGAAGAAAUAAUACCAAUUUGACACAAAGUCUUCCAGAAAAUUAAAGAGGAAGGAAUACUUCUGAAUUCAUUGUAUGAAGAAGUCAUCAUUAUUCUGAUUCCAAAGCCAAACUAACGAUGUUACAGGAAAACUACAGAUUAACACCCCUCAUGAACAUAGAUACAAAAAUUAUUAACCAGAUUUUAGCAAAUAGAACACAACAAUAUAAGGAUAAUAAUAUAUCCUGACCAAGUGGGGCUUAUUCUAGGAAUGCAAGGUUGGCUUAAUCCUCCACAAAUUUAUCUAUAGAUUCAACACAAUUAGAACCAAAAUUGCAGCAGGCCUUUUUUGGGCAGGGAGGGUAGAAAUUGACAAGCCCAUUCUACAAUUUAUGUGGAAAUGCAAAAAAAAACCCUAAAGUAACCAAACCAACUU